GAGCUGCUGCUUCUGAGGCUGGUGGCCUGAAGUCUCCAGGAGAGGGGGAAAGACAGCUGGCAGAGUCUGAAGUCAAGGAGAAGCAUGGGGUCCGGGGCUGAGCUGUGCACUGUCUUAGGCGGACUCUCAUUCCUCCUGCUACUGAUGACAGGCGAGGGGGCCAAGGGUGGAUCCCUCAAAGAGAGUCAGGGGGUCUGCUCCAAGCAGACGCUCGUGGUUCCACUCCGUUACAACGAGUCCUACAGCCAACCCGUAUAUAAGCCCUACUUGACUCUGUGCUCUGGAAGGCGUGUCUGCAGCACCUACAGGACCACGUACCAUGUGGCUUGGCGGGAGGUGAGGAGGGAAGUGCAGCAGACCCACGCCGUGUGCUGCCAGGGCUGGAAAAAGCGGCAUCCCGGGGCGCUCACCUGUGAUGAAGCCAUCUGCACCAAGCCCUGCCAGAACGGAGGCGUCUGCGUUCGGCCAGACCAGUGCGAGUGCGCCCCGGGCUGGGGUGGGAAGCACUGUCACGUGGACGUGGAUGAAUGCAGGGCUGGCGUCACUGUCUGCUCGCACGGAUGCCUCAAUACAGCAGGCAGCUUCACCUGUGGCUGCCCCCAGGGCCUGGUGCUGGGCCCGGACGGGCGCACUUGCGCAGAAGGGGCCCCAGAGCCCCCAACCAGUGCCAGCAUCCUCAGCGUGGCCGUUCGGGAGGCUGGACACGAUGAGCGUGCCCUGAGGCGGGCGAUUCGCGAGCUGCGAGGGCGCCUGGAGCGGCUGGAGCAGUGGGCCAGUCAGGCUGGGGCCUGGGUCCGAGCAGUGCUGCCCAUGCCCCCAGAAGAGCUGCAGCCCGAACAGGUGGCAGAGCUGUGGGGACGAGGCGACAGGAUUGAGUCUCUCAGUGACCAGGUUCUGCUGCUGGAGGAGCGGCUAGGUGCCUGCUCCUGUGAGGACAACAGCCUGGGCCCAGGCCUCAAUCGGCGGAGCUAAGGAGCCUCUGCAGAGCCCCUGCCCCACUAAUUUAUACAGAGACUGGACCCACUAGUCCUCUGGGAUUGGCCAGCUGGGGAGCUGCAGAUGAGGCCAUCUGCCACUAAGGAGCAAUGAAUGAUGGAAACUUUGGAAAGCUGAAGAAAGGAGGACUCGGCCUGCCCCCGAGUCUUCUGGCUGGGGCAGAGGCCUGGAGAACUGCUUUUUUAACUCCUUAACAAACGCAGCCACAAAGUGCCCAGAUCUCUCUCAGUCUUUAUUCUCGGUUUCUUGCUGUUAUCCAGAUUAUGAAUAAAAAUCAACCACGCAAAA